GUGUCCCCGGGGGUCAUUGCCAACCCCUUUGCGGCCGGCAUGGGCCACCGGAACAGCCUGGAGAGCAUCUCGUCCAUCGACCGGGAGCUGAGCCCUGAGGGCAAGGUCAGGACGCCUGCUGCGGCCGCUGCCAGCCCUGCGUGUUCUGUGCAGGAGAAGGAGCUGCCCGCACCCAGCCCGCCGUGGGGGCCCGAGGCCUUGCAGGCCACCCCCCUGCAGGUACCGUCCAGCACGACGGGAGGGAAGAUGGCCGAGGCCGCCUGCUCUCCCGGCAGCCAGCAGACUGAGCCAGGGGUCAUCCAGCCGUUGGCUCGGGCCUGGCCCAGGGGCUCCCCAACCCAGAGGGGCAGCAGUCCCAGCUCUCCCCCCUCCCCCGACGAGCUGCCUGCCAACGUGAAGCAGGCGUACAGGGCCUUCGCCGCGGUGCCCAGCCCGCACCCGCCCGAGGACGGCCCCGCCCAGCCCCCCGCGCCCGGGACCUUGGCCUCGCCCGAGCAGCUGUCUUUCCGCGAGCGGCAGAAAUACUUCGAGCUGGAGCUGCGCAUGCCCCAGGCUGAAGGCCCCCCCAAGCGCGUGUCCCUGGUGGGUGCCGACGACCUGCGGAAGAUGCAGGAGGAGGAAGCCCGCAAGCUGCAGCGGAAGAGAGCUCAGAUGCUGCGCGAGGAGGCCGCUGCGGGGCUCGCCCUGGACGCCGAGGCCCCGGAGGAGGAGCCGGAGCCGGAAGACGAACCGCCCUGGGCCGGCCCGGGCCCCACUGGAGGGCCCAGCCCGACUGGCCCCGCUGCCCUGGGAGGCGGCGGCGCCCCGGUGCGCACAGCCAAAGCCGAGCGGCGCCAGCAGGAGCGGCUGCGCAUGCAGAGCCCGGAGCUGGGGGAGCCGCCGGCGCCCGAGCGCGCCUUGUCCCCGGCCGAGCGUCGCGCCCUGGAGGCGGAGAAGCGGGCGCUGUGGCGGGCGGCCAGGAUGAAGUCGCUGGAGCAGGACGCCCUGCGCGCGCAGAUGGUCCUCAGCCGGUCCCAGGACGGCCGCGGCAAGCGGGGGCCCCUGGAGCGCCUGGCCGAGGCCCCGUCCCCCGCGCCCACACCGUCUCCCACCCCACCGGAAGACCUCGGCCCCCAGCGCAGCCCGGCCCCUGGACGCCUGCCCCUGUCUGGAAAGAAGUUUGACUACAGGGCGUUCGCAGCCCUGCCUUCUUCCAGACCUGUCUAUGCGCUCCAGUCGCCCGGCCUGGAGGAGCUGAGCUGCCUGGAGCCGUCCCCCAGCCCCAGCCCGCAGGAGGAGGACGGAGAGGUGGCCCUGGUGCUGCUGGGCAGGGCCCCGGCCGGCGCCGAGGACACGACGCCGUGCAGUGGCCGCCGCCCGCUGCGGCCGGGACGCCGGGGCCUAGGCCCCGUGCCUUCGUAGGGGCGCGCGCGCCCGGCCACACUGUAACUAGUGACGUUUGUACAACCAAAGACUCUAUUUUGUGGUUUAAGGAGAAUAAAGUUGACUACGUUUUA